UGACAUUUUCACAGAUGUUGGACGACUUAGCGGAAAAUCAAAGGACCGUCGACUUACUGAGCAGGAGCGCAGUCAUUUGCAAACAUAUUUGCUCACCAACUGCGAAGAUGUUCUUCAAUAUGAGAGGAUUUUCAUGGCAGAAAAGCGGUUCGAAUAUAGAUACGCUACAGAGGCAGAACUAGAAGAAAUGAAGCAAAAAGAAUUUGCUGGAUGGAUGUUUACUUAUGUGUCUGCUGGUUUGGCCAGAGGUGAAACAUUUGACGAUUGGAUACGCGAGAUGGUGGUUGGACCAAACUAUGUUGUGAAGUCAUAUCCGAGAUUUUGUACUCGAGGAUAUGCAUUCACAACUGAAAAGACGAAACGUUCGCGUACGACCUAUGAUGCUGGCGUUUGUUCUGCAUCGGGAGAUGAUGUAUACUACGGACACAUACAUGAGAUUUUGGAAAUCAAGUAUUUAGGCCUGCUUGGAUUGCGCUGUACUGUUUUCUAUUGUGAUUGGCACGACAUCACUCCAGAUCGAGGUGUGAGAACAGAUGCAUUUGGUGUUACAUCAGUUAAUUCGAGACGAAAGCUGCAAUAUUAUGAUCCUUUCAUUCUUGCUUCUCAGGCCGAUCAGGUUUGUUAUAUCAAGUACCCCCGGAUAAGGAACAGAGAUGAUCCAUGGGUUACUGUUACCAGACUCAACCCGAGAGGCCGAGUUCAGGGGAGUUCUGAGCUGGAAGACCCACUACAACCAAUCACAUCCAGUAACUUAAGUGCAGAAGAAGACGUAGCAGGAGUUGGCCUUGUAGUAGAUUUCACCGACUUCGCAGAGGAAGCCGUCGUUCACGCACAGGAUGAACCAGUUAUUGGAGAGUUUCACCAAGAUCCAGAUUCAGAUUCAUCUGCUGAUGAUGAGUCGGAAUCAGAGUAGUUUUUUUUUUUUUUUUUUUUUUACUAAUUUCGAGGAAAUUUCGAGGGAAGUUAGGGUUUCCUCGAAAUUUCCUCGGAAUUACCCUUAACGGUUUAGGGGUUUGAUAAAAAUUACCUAGAUCCUCGAAAUUUCCUCGAAAUAUUCCGAGGAAAUUUCGACGACAAAGAUAAUUUUAGGAGUUUGAUUUAAAACACCUUUUUUCGUCGAAAUACCCUCGAAAUUUUUUGGUGUUCCUCGAAAUUCCGUCGAAAUAUUUCGAGGGAAUUUCGAGGACCUAGCCAAUUUUUUGGUGUUCCUCGAAAUUCCGUCGAAAUAUUUCGACGGAAUUUCGAGGAACAGGGGGUUUUAAACCGAAAACAACGUUUUGCGGAUUGAAUAACACGUAUAUAACCUUCAUUAAGUGUCUUAGCCAGAUUAUAAAGUCCAACUUUAGGGUUUUAACCCGAAAACAAUGUUUUGCGGAUUGAGACGAAAACCACACAACAUAAGAUAAACACUUAUACGUUUUAAUAAACGUUAAAGGAAAUACUUACAAUAAUUUUUGUAAUUGUGUUAUUUCAUUAUUUAUGAUCAUCUAUACAAAGAAACCUCAUUAUUAUGAAUUACAUUCGUAUAAGAAAUGACAUAGGGAAAAAAAUCGAUGUUUUCAAAACCCCAAACCCUAUUUCCUCGAAAUUUCCUCACAAUAUUGUGAGGAAAUUUCGAGGAAUGGUUUCCUCGGACUGUUUUUCAUUAACCAGGAAACCCUAGCCGCGAACAAGAGAAUUUCGAGGAAAUUUCGACGACCAUGUUAAAAAAUUUCGAGGAAAUUUCGACGGACCCUGUCCGUCGGACCCCUCAUAAAUUAGGUUUUCAUUCUUUUCUUCCCCAUUUCUCUCCUUCUCGAUUUUCCUCUCUUCCUCACCGCCUCCUUCUCCUCUCCUCUCUCUUCCUCGCGGCUCCUCUCCUUCUCCUCUCCUCUUCCUCGACGGAUCUCCUCUCCUCUCCUCUCCUCUCCUCUCUUCCUCUCGGCCUCUUUCCUCUCCUCUCUUCCUCUCCUCUCUUCCCAUGUAAGUUCAUAUCUCUUCUCUUCCUCUCUUAUAGAUCUCGAAACUUAGAUUGUUAGAUAGAAAAUUCUAGGAUUGAAUGGAAUAUUUAGGAUUUGCAUGUUUGGAUUGUUGUUUGGAUUGUUGGUAUAUUUUUUUUUUUGAUUUAUUUUGUGUUUUUGAUUUU